AAGCAGCUCGGACGAGGACUUCAUUCCUGUUGGCCUAAGCAUGCUGAAGCUCAGCACAAAAAAGAAUCUGACGCCGGUUAUGGCACAGCGGGUCAGGGAGGAGGACACCGAGUUUCCCUCGGCACUGCAGUACUUCAGCCUGCUCAGCAGGGCGAUGGACGUUCUGAACAGAAACAGGGAAGAGGAGAGCGAGAAACUAAAGCUAGGACUGAGCGUGGUGAGAAAGGGCAGAAAGACGUACAUAAAUGUUGUUGAUAUAGCAAGCCAGCUGAAUAGACAGCCCGAGCACCUGUCGCACUUCCUGACCAGGAGUCUCUAUGGAGAGGGCAAUAUCAACAAGGACGGGCAGUUGGUUUUGAGCGGCUCGUUUUUGCAGAGUGCCGUGGAGAAGGCCCUGCGCCAGUUCAUUGAGCUGUAUGUUGUUUGCAGGUCGUGCGAGAAUGUGGACGAGACCCGCAUUGUUAGAGAGAACAAGCUGUACUUCCUGCGGUGCGACAAGUGCAAAGCCUCGAGAUGUGUUGGGAAUGCGAUAGAGGGAUUUACACUGAAAGACACACCCCAGGCCAAGCUCCGGGGACUGAUAUGA